AUGUCCUGUGGGCAGCCUCCACUGAUCCAGUCCCCCCGUGCCCCACGGACGUUCCCCAAAGCCUCGCAGCCAGCCACGAUGCCCCACGAUGCCCCCAGUGUCCCACCCACUGGUGUCCUGCCAACCUUCCCUGUCUGUGCCCUGUGUGUCCUCCCCCAGUGCCCCGCGGACCCUCCAGGUGCCCCCGUGUGCCCUUCUCAACUGCCCGGGGGACAGUCCCCAGUGCCCCACAGAGCCCCACAGAGCCCCACAGAGCCGCACACACCCUCCCUCCGGGGACAGCCCCCAUCUCCCUACGGACACCGCCCGGUGGCCGCGGAGCCUCCUGGAUGCGCCACCGACUGCCCCCGGUGCCCCGCGGACGCCCGUGAUGUCCUCUGGCCGGUCCCCAGCACCGCAGAGCCCCCACCCCACUGUCCGGGGAACAGUCCCCAGCGCCCCACAUCUCUCCCCGGUACCCGGUGCCCCCCGUGCCGCCGUCCCCCCGCCGUGGGCGGCCCGUCCCGGCGCGCCCCGCCCCGUCCCGUCCGCGGCUGUGGGUGA